AUGACCACGUCCGGUUUCUCUUCGCGGGUCGAAUCUCCUGCAAAUGGUCAACCCACAGCAUCAGAAGUUUUGUCGAUGGAGGAUUACUCUGAGCGUAUGCGGACCGCGGCGGUAAUGCUCGCUCAGUUAAAUGCAAAUCUUGUGCGCGAACCUGUUACAUCAGUAGCACCAGGUUCAACGCCCACCGCGGCUCCUUCCCCUGGGCCAGGAACCAGUAGUGACGCAGCUUCGGCCAUGAGGAUGCGUUUACAACCGGCUGAAGCGGCAGCAAUCCGAGAACGCAUAAUGGCGGAAAUGAUCGCACUCGAAGACCAGCGCAUGGCCCGCAUGAUGGAGCACGGGGAGGGAGAGGGAAUAAAAGGGAUCUCGGAUCCGGGUCGUGCCUCCAACACAAAAGAGGACGAAGCCAUUGUACGCCGCGAAUUAAAUCGUGCAGACCCUUCAGCUGCGGUAUUCAGAGAAUCGUGGGCUGGGAAGAAGGCAAGAAUUCGCGCAGGCAGCCCAUAUGGGCACUUGGUCAACUGGGAUUGUAUAUCAGUCAUUGUAAAAACCGGGGGCGAUCUUAGGCAGGAGCAACUGGCAACUCUACUGAUAAAAGAGUUUGAAAACAUUUGGAAAGAGGAAAAUUGUCAGUGUUGGGUCCGUUACUUUAGGAUACUCAUAACAGGAUCCAACUCGGGUCUGGUUGAGACAAUCACAGAUGCCGUCUCUAUUCAUUCAAUAAAGAAAGCCGAAUAUGCUCGCCGCAUUGCAGAAGGCAAUUUCGGGCACGUUACACUCUUGGACCAUUUCAUCAACACUUACGGGGACCCUUCAUCCGUUAAGUUUGCAAGGGCACAGAAGAAUUUUGCCAAAUCACUGGCAGGCUUCGUGCUCAGCAUGCAUCCAGACUUCGGCUUUAUGUUAGGGAACUCUCCUGGAGGCGUCGGAUUCGAGUCAGCUCCGUUCAAAUUACCUCUCGAGUACGUAGAUGUUCUAGGCGGUGUCGAUUCGGAGCCAUUUUUGGAGUUCAAGAAACUAUUUCAUGAAGGCUUUUUGGCGGCUCGAAAGCAUAGUGAUAGGAUCAUCACGCUCGUCGACCUUAUGCAGAAGGAUUCUGCGUUUCCUUGCUUUGCUACUUUUGGAGAGCAAACUUCGCAAUUACUCAAAGAACGAUUUCAACCUUCAUUAACGACGUCCGCUAUCACAGGAUACAUAGAUAAUCUGAUUGUCACUUCUCUUGGCUCCGCAUGGACACGAUUGUAUGAUUCGUUCCAAUACUACUCUCAAUCUAUUCUGUAA